CUGUAGGCAACCAGAACCAGAUACGCUUAUUCCGCCGCACACAUAAAAUCUCGGUUCCGUUCGCUUGUUUGGUGUUCAAUAAGGUUAGCUGAUCCAGUGAUAAAUUACACCUGUUGCUCGUAACUCCUCUGUUUGUUAACAUUACCGCACAGUUUCUUUUAAAUAGAGCCGUUUAAAUUUAAACAUGUGAAAGUACUACAGCGAUGUACGCAAAGCUUUUCUACCUAAUCAUAGCAACAUUUGCUGUCUCGAUUUUGAUAGUCCUAUAUUAUUCAUCACUGCAAAGCGAAGAAAUAUACGUGAAACUGAUCGAGGAACACGAUAUAGAACCAUCAAGCAAUGACCUACCACAAAAACUGUACGAUAUCCUCGAUUUCAAGUACGUUUUGAACAACAAGUCCCUAUGCACAGCUGAUACUGAGACACUUAUCUUGGUGACGUCAUACUUCGGCAAUGUGGAAGCGAGGAGCGCCAUGCGUAGAGCUUUUUCGCGGGAAGAAUUAGAUGUUAUGAAAAUCAAAAGAGCUUUUUUAUUGGGCAUCGCACCAAGCGAUAAGUAUACUAGUCAAAAGUCAGUUUUGGACGAAAGCAGGAGGUUUGGAGAUAUUAUUCAAGGAAGUUUCGUUGAAGCUUACAGGAACCUGACUUACAAGCACACCAUGGGAUUGCGAUGGGCAGAGCAGCACUGUUCAAAUGUGAAACAAGUUAUAAAAAUGGACGACGACAUAGUGGUAAACGUAGAAAAAAUACCAGACCUGCUGAAAUCUCUUGGAGUACCCUCUUCCAAAAAUUUUAUAGCCGGUUAUGUUUUGAGAAAUAUGGUGCCCAUUCGCGAACCAGCCAACAAAUGGUUUGUUACACAGGAAGAAUACGAUCUCAGUACUUACCCUCCGUUCGUAUCAGGGUGGUUCUACGUAACUAAUCCUUACACUUGUGCAAAUCUGUUUAAUAUCAGCCAAUCCAUGAAGUAUUUUUGGAUUGAUGACACUCUGAUCACGGGCAUCUUAGCGGAGAAACUGAGUAUCCAACAUGUUGAUAUCAAGGCGAAUUUUACCCUACAUUCUGAAAUUCUAGAAUGUUGUAUCAACGAUAUUCGAUCGAAAAACUUGAGAUGUGAUAUUUUGAUUGGACCAAAUGGUGGAAAAACUAAUUUGUUUUAUGAUUUUAAUACAGCUAUUGGUAUAUGCAAUUUGAAUUUGUGUCCAGACAGGACCGUGCCGUUGGAUAAGACGUGUAUUGUCAAAAGAAAAGAGACCUUAGGGAGAGGGAAUCCUAUUGUUGAAAAUUAUAGAUUGAGCUGAUCUGGGAUAUUUUAUUUUAUGAUUUAUAAUUGUUAAUCAGAAUCUCCAGAUAUGAUGCUAUAAAAUAUUUUUUUAUCACUCGUAAGUUUUAUUUUAACA